AUGAGGUCACGUGAGAGCGGUUUUCUUGUCGCUUUGGUCUGGAUGUGUCAAGUUUGUUUGGUCAAGUUUACACAAGCACAAGAUCCUGAUUUGCUUCUUACAGUUGUUGGACCCUGCAACAGUGCGCCCUGCCUCAACGCCGGAAGUUGCACGGUGACGUCAUAUCUGACGUCAACUUACUCGUGUCAUUGUUUACACGGCUUCACGGGACUGAACUGUGAGCUGGGUAUCGACGAAUGUGCCAGCUCACCCUGCCACAACGGUGCCUGUAUUGACAACAUCGGCUCCUUCAGGUGCCAUUGUUUUCCUGGUUUUACUGGUCAGCUGUGCGAGACAGAUGUGGACGAGUGCGCAAGCGCACCAUGUGAGCACGGGGGCACGUGCAUCCAGCCCGCGCCCGGCCAGUUCAUGUGUGAGUGUGGGCGGGGCUAUCGCGGGAUGACGUGUGAGACGGACAUCAACGAGUGCCUGUCCCUGAGUCCCUGCCAGCACGGGGGGUCGUGCACAGAGGGACCGCCUGGCACCUACCUGUGCUCCUGUCCUGCAGGCUAUACAGGUACCGACUGUGAAACAGACAUUGACCCCUGCGACCCCAACCCGUGUCAACAUGGCGGACAUUGUGUCACAGACGCCGAGUUGGGUUUCAGAUGUCAGUGUACGGAAGGUCACCAAGGUCAAAUGUGCAGUGCCACAGCAGAUGCCUGCGCCAGCUCCCCGUGUGGACAAGGCACGUGCGUGACCCUGGCUCGGGGCGGGUACAGGUGUGAGUGUGGGCCGGGCUGGUCUGGGCGAAAUUGUCAGACAGUGAGGGACAUCUGCAGCUCGCAGACAUGCAGUGGUCACGGCACGUGUCGCAAUCACCAUGGUAACUUCUACUGUUCCUGUGAACCUGGGUACACUGGCCCAACCUGUGAGACAAACCUGACCUGUUUUCAUCACGAGGCUUACCGCUGUAGGAAUGGAGGGACGUGUACUCUGAUCAAUGAUCAUCACGUGACCAGUGGUCAGCACAGUACUAGUGAUCAUCAUGCAAAAUGUAUCUGUCCAGAGGGUUUUCAAGGCUCAGCUUGCCAGGACAAGUUAGAUCCUUGUUUAUCUUUUCCUUGCCUGCACAACGGAACUUGCCAAACUGGCUCAGACAGUUUUAGAUGUACAUGUCUGCCAGAUUUCACAGGCUUUAACUGCCAAUUUCAGAAUUCUUCAGGUAAUUCUACCAGACCAGCAAUGCCAGGUGGUUUCCUGAUCUUUGGCCGUCACAUCGACCCAACAUCCCUCCUGGCAAUACUGGGCAUCCUGCUGUCCCUGGCCACUGUCAUCAUCACGGUGUCGCUGGUCAUCAGGAGAUGUCAGCUCCACAAGCCCCAGGACUUCUGCUUCUCCUUCCCCACCUACCUCUACCCCUACUUCGACCGCUCAAACAGUGCAGCCAGUUCUGGAAGGUUCCAGAGAGGCGGAAACUUCGAUUCUGAUGAGUACCUCCAUGACACCACCUCCUUGCGGUACUGA